AUGUCGGACCCUACGGGAUACACUGUGGGCUGGAUCUGCGCUUUGCAUGUGGAAUACAUUGCCGCACAGGAACUCCUCGAUGAAGAGCAUAAAAAACCGACCUUCGUGUCGCCAAAUGAUGCCAACGACUACACCUUAGGCAAAAUAGGCGACCAUAACGUUGUCAUCGCCGUCUUGCCCGAUGGUGAAUAUGGAACCGCCUCUGCCGCUAAUGUAGCGACGAACAUGCUGAGCAGUUUUCAAAAUAUCAGGAUCGGUCUGAUGGUCGGGAUUGGAGGAGGUGUACCAAGCGAGAGCAAUGACAUCCGUUUAGGCGAUAUCGUAGUCAGUGCGCCUCGUGGUACUGAGAGUGGUGUGUUCCAGUAUGACUUUGGUAAAUCGAUACAGGGUCGAAGUUUUCAGCACACACGGUUUCUUAAUCAGCCACCAACUAUUUUACGCACUGCGGUGACUGGGAUUCGGACACAAUACGAAAGAAAGGGGCAUCACCUCGAUGAGACCAUUCAUAGCAUUCUUGAGAAGAACGUGAGAUUACACCGCAAGUAUAAACGGCCAGAGCAAAUCACCGAUAGAUUUUUUCGGUCCGAUGUUAUCCAUCAACAAGGAGGCUGUGCUUCAUGUGCAGAUCAUCCGUCGAAAUUGAUACCUCGAAGUGAGCGAGCUGAGAACGAAGAUAAUCCUGCUAUACAUUAUGGCCUGAUCGCUUCUGCCAAUCAACUGAUGAAGAAUGCGUUGAUUCGUGACGAACUAGCAAGAGAAAAGAAUGUUCUCUGUUUCGAAACGGAAGCCGCCGGGCUGAUGAAUAAUUUUCCGUGUCUUGUUAUCAGGGGUAUAUGCGACUACGCGGACUCACAUAAGAAUGAGGAGUGGCAAGGUUAUGCAGCGAUGGCGGCAGCUGCAUAUGCGAAAGAUCUUCUGCAGAGGAUCCCUCUUAAUCGAAUUGAAGCUGAGGAGAGGAUCACUGGGAUUAUAUCUGGUUAG